UUCAUACACUCAGCUAACCAUUAAAAGGAUAUAUGAUACAGAAUUGAUGGUACAAUCAAAGACACAAUUUUUGACCAAUCAUUUCCUACUUUGAUUUAAAUAUAUUAGGAUAUUUCAAUUGAAACAAUCCAUUGGUUCCUUUAUGUGGUAUAUCUUGAUCUAGUGGUCACAGUCUUGUCUUCUCGGGCUGACUCUGACUUGGGUGUGUUUUUGUGUAUAUGCUGAUCUGUAAUUUUGGCCCACCUCUGUUAGAUCAACCAGAAAAAAUGAGUGAUCAAUCAGGAGAAGUGACCACAUCCCUCAACCAGUCAUCAGUUACAAACCAGACCGAACUCGACGGUUCGUCUAACUGUGAUCAGCCCGACAGCUUAGCCCACCCCUACUUGAUGGUGGCCUACGGCCUUGUGUUUCUGGUGGGUCUCCUCCUCAACGGCUUCGUCAUGAAGUUUUACUUCUGCCGAGCUCAGCAGAAGGCGUCCAGCAGCAUUAUGAUCUACCUGAAGAACUUGGCGGCUGCCGACUUCCUGCUCUGUCUCUCUCUCCCCAUCCGCAUCGCUCACUACUCCAGCAGCUCCAUCACCAUCCGCAUACUCAACUGCAACUUUGGCGCUGUCGUCCUCUACCUCAACAUGUACUCCAGCAUCAUGUUCAUGGGCUACAUCGCUGCUAACAGGUAUCUGAUGAUCGUCCAACCUUCAGGAACUCACAUCCUGCAGACGGUGCGAGCCGCUCACAUCAUCUCCACGGUAACCUGGGUUUUACUCCUGUCUGUGACGAGCGUCUUCGUCAUUAUGUCCUUCCACAAACAGGAACCUUCCACCUCUGUCCCAGUGAGCUGUGAAAGCUUGCAGAGUGGCCAGGUCACCUUGCUCCAGAAGAUCAUAAACACCUGCUCCACCGCCACAUUCCUGUUUUUCCUCGUCUUCCUGGUCUUCUUCUACUACAGCACCUCCCGCCGGGUGUCGUUGGCGCAGCAGAGGCAGCCGGCGUCCUCCAGCUCCACGAAGCUUGCAAAGUCCCGCAGAAACAUGCUAGUGCUGGUCAGUGUCUUCUGCUUUUGCUUCGUCCCCUACCACCUGAUUCGCCUCCCCAGAGCUUUCCUGUCCAGUUAUUGUUCAUGGAGCAACUUUCUCUACUACGUGAAGGAGGUCUCCAUCCUAAUGUCAGUCCUCAACGUCUGCCUGGACCCGCUCAUCUACUUCAUCCUCAGCAAGAGCUUCAGGACCCAGUUUAGGCUGGGAGUGAUGUCCGGAAACUGAUAAUUACUGUUCAUAACAUUUUAACUGCCAAUAAUGUAGUAAACAAAAUGUAAUUAUAACAGAUUACUUGAUAAUUGCAAAUGAUAUAAUAGGAAAUUAAAACAGAAUAUUAUGUAAACACCACAAAGGCCAUGUCAAGAUGGUAACUCUCGAUUUGUGAAACUCU